AGGGUCUACUGCAGUAGUUGCUUGGCGCUUCACCGGCGGCAGCGAAUAUGGUAGAGAAGGGAAACAAAGGGAGGAAGGAGGAGGUGGUGACAAGGGAGUACACAAUCAACCUCCACAAAAGUUUACAUGGAUGCACCUUCAAGAAGAUGGCACCAAAGGCAAUUAAGGAGAUCAGAAAGUUUGCUCAGAAAACCAUGGGCACCACUGAUAUCAGAGUCGAUGUGAAGCUCAACAAGCACAUUUGGAGCAGGGGCAUUCGGAGCGUGCCAAGGCGAGUAAGAGUGAGGAUUGCUCGGAAGAGGAAUGACGAGGAAGAUGCCAAGGAAGAGCUCUACUCGUUGGUCACAGUGGCUGAGAUUCCACCUGAAGGAUUAAAGGGAUUAGGCACCAAGGUGGUGGAUGAAGCAGACUAAUUUGCUUCAUCUUUGUGUAGUACAACUUUUAGCCAAUUUUUUAUGCCCCAUUCGAUCUCUGGAGGACAAGAAGUUGGUGCUUGAGAAUCCGGUUUUGACUUGGAACAUUGUUCAUUUCUUCUAUCCUCUGUUUGUAUCCUCAAUUUUGUUGCUGGUGCAAGAUGCAAUCCAAGAGGAGAUUUCUUCAGGCAAUUCUCAUUCUCCUUGGAUGAAGCAGAGAGGAUCUAUUCACCCAGGCUACAGCCUGGGGAAGCUUACACCUACCUGCCUCCGCCAUUGUCCAUGAGUGUUUCUUAAUUUAUCUUGAUGGCUUAUGAAAAAAGUUUAUCGGACCGGACCGGCCAUCUAUAUAAUUAGUUGGUAUGAAAAA